AUGGAUCUCUCCCAUCUCUUCUCCUCCCACUCCUCUCCUUCCCAACCCAACCCAACACAAAAUCUCCUUCACCAAACCACCAAUCAAAGAUAUCUCGGCGUGCGGCGGCGCCCAUGGGGCCGUUACGCUUCGGAGAUACGCGACCCUGCUACUAAAGAAAGGCACUGGCUUGGCACCUUCGACACGGCCGAAGAAGCCGCCGUGGCCUACGACCGCGCCGCACGCUCUCUCCGCGGCCCUCGCGCCCGCACAAACUUCGCUUAUCCAGACCUCCCACUAGGCUCCUCUCUAACCCCGUUUCUAUCACCGGACCUUCCUUCCCCUCAACCUUUCUUUACAAUGUCUCCUGCGCCACCCCAACUGCUUCCAUCUGUCACUUUUCUUCCCAGCCAUCAGCAGUUACCGGCUGUUGUGGAAGAGGAGAGUAAUAUUGUUGUUCCAGGUUCACAUGAUUGUUUCAGCAACGAAGGAGCAUUAUUGGAUUCAGGGGAAUUUAGCGGUUUUGGGACGGUGGAGGAGGAGAUUAGUUUUUUCGAUGAGGGGUAUUUAGAUAGCUCUCUUUUUGGUCCGAUGCCGGAGGCGAGUGAGUACUCUAAUAUUUCUGUCGAUGAUUACCAGCUCGGCGGCUCAUCUUCGUCCUACUUCUUUUGA